CGACACAACACAAGACAAGGAUCCCAGGCAUCUUUUCUGUGUUUCUGAGCAGAAGACCGGACAGAAAUCAGAUUUUAAGAGAAAGGUUUCAGGAGUUUGAAAGCAUGGGGACAAGAGAGGUAUACGAGGAAAAACUAAGGAAUGGGAAUCUCUACCAUGAUCCAACCAUCAACCCUGGCUUAGGUUCCGCUCGUUGCCCUCGUUGUCUCUCUCUCUUAAACCCUGAUUCUGACAAAGCCGAAUGGACCAUUACUUCGGUUUUACAUGACGCAACUGCCGUGGCUGGCUCUGGUAUUGGGGGAAUGCUUAGUGCUGUACAUGGUUUCAAUACAGGGAUCCCUUUCCUUCAAAGUCGCAUUAAGGGACCAAAGUGGCUCCCUUUUGUAACUGGGAUUCCUCUGCUGCUAAUGUUUUCAGGUGCCAGUGCAGCAUUUGGAGGUUAUGCACUUCCAAAGUUUGCUCAACUCACUGUGACUUCCUAUUAUGCUGCCUCAAGUGCCUCACAUUAUGGAAUUUCACUCCUCACUCGACACGUUGAGAAGACCUACACUACUCGGAGCCAACAAGAGAGGCUAAGAUGACUUCUUGCUGGUGCACUUAUAAAGAAUCUACUUUCAUCUGUUUUCUAAUCAAUAUAAUACCUAUGUGCAUAGAACUUUUGGAUAGAAUUUUGCUUUUUUGUUUUUAUUUUAAUUUCUUUUCUUCAAUUUCCCAUAAGUGUGACAUUUUUGUAUCCUUUUAAAGUUAAUAUAUAACAGUGUUGCUAUAUUCUUA